AUGGAGGAAGGUCAAAGUCAAUUCCAUCUUUUGCGAGUCUGUCCUGGAGGCCCAGAGGGUGAUGGUACCCUUUCAGUUAUCCUAGGCGAUCACAGGGGCAUGUCCGACGAAGAAAUGCUAGAGGUUGCCUCAAACUACAACCACAUGAGCGGGUUCGUCUUCCCCACACGGACAGGCUCAGACUGCGACUAUGAGAUCCGCCUCUGGGACCCACGCUAUGAACUAGAGAACUGCGCCUAUGCAAUGAUUGGAACUGUGUGGUUAAUAUGGAAGCUUGAGCUGGUGUCAAUGGAUUACGUCUAUAUCUGGACCAAGACUGGUCGUGUUGAAGCAAGGAUCACAAAAACUACAGACAAAGACAGCACAAAGGAAAAUAUCUGGGUUGAAAUCUCUUACCCGAAAUGUACAGUCACGGAGAACGUGACCAACAAACACAUCGACGCCAUACUACAUGACCUGAACAUCAAGAGAGAUGACAUGAUACCUAGAUCAGCAAUCCAGAAUGCUGGCACGAACAGAAAGGUGAAGACGCUGAUUCCGAUCAAAUCAGUUGCGAAGUUGAAUGAGUUGGAGCUGGAAUAUGAUCUUAUUAGGAGGAACCUUGGCAGGAUCAAAAGCAAUGGUGUGUGUCUGUAUGCCACCGACGAUCACAAACCGUAUGAGUACGAACUGAGGCAGGUUCCUGAAAAUGGGAGGGAUUGGGAGGAGACUGCGACUGCUUUGGCUUUUGGGGUGUUGGUAAAUGGUGUGGUCCGUGACCCUAACCAGAUGCUUAAGAUUAGGCAGCGUUUAGACGAGGACCGUCAUCGUGAGAUUAAUUUGAGGUUUAGGACAUGGGGAAGUCAUGUUAGUGGCCUCUGGAUCGGAGGCACAGUCGAGUUUGAGACUGAGAAGAGAGAGACUGGAAAGACAAGACAAAGAACUGGGAGACGGAUACUGAUUGAAUAG